AUGAUCUCUGGUGAAAUUCCAAAUGGAUGGCCUUUUAAGAAGUUCACGUCAGAUUUUUUUGUAAGAGAAUUGUGUGGAGCAUCUCAGUUUAAGGUUAAGCGAUGCAAAGAUAAUACAACUAGAUUAUCAAGCAAUACCAGAAUUUUGAAGUACAUUUUACCAUCAAUUGCUGUUGUAUUGAGUCUGGUCAUUACUGUGGUUUAUGUAAUUAGACGCCGUAGCAGAAGUACAAUUCUACCUGCUCACUCUACUUCCCCCAUCACUGUCAAGAAAAUUUCAUAUCAUGAAGUUCUAAAUGCUACCGAUAAUUUUGGUGAAGAGAAUCUUAUUGGCAAAGGUAGUACUGGUUUAGUGUACAAGGGAAUAUUUCGAGAUGGAAUGAUAGCUGCAAUUAAGGUUUUUAAUCUAGAUUUGGAAGGUGCAAACCAAUGUUUUGAUGCUGAGUGCCAAAUAUUGCACAACAUUCGUCACAGAAAUUUUGUCAAGAUAAUUAGUAGUUGCUCUAACCUUGAUCUUAAAGCCUUGGUGCUGGAAUAUAUGCCUAAUGGAAACCUUACAAAAUGGCUAUCCUCGAGCAACUAUUUCCUAAAUGUGGCUCAAAGAUUGGAAAUAAUGAUAGAUGUGGCGUCUGCACUCGAGUAUCUACAUUAUGGGUGUCCCUUUCCGAUUGUCCAUUGUGAUCUGAAGCCCAACAACAUACUUUUAGAUGAAGCUAUGGUUACCCAUGUUGGAGACUUUGGCAUUUCCAAGCUUUUAACAGAAGACCAGAAAAUUUCAAUUAAAAAGACAUUGGGCACCACUGAAUAUAUGGCUCCAGGUAAAUGA